AUGGCCGGUUACGACCCCAAGGCUUCUGCGCGGGCUUUGGCCCAGAACAGACGGGCUUCUUGGUUAUAUGCUUGUGCCUUUGGCGGGUUGAUCCUUAUUUUCGUUUUAGCAAACUUUGGGAGAUCUCUAUUUCAACUUCAGACUAGACGAGGUACACUGGCAAAAAGCCUUGCUGCUCCGUUCAGGGCUUUCCGGCAGGUAUUCCUCCGGAAACUUCCUAAAGUUUCCUCCGGAGGACAUCUCCUUCUGAUCUUGGUUUACUGCGGGCUUAAUGCCGCAAUCACAUUUUACGACGUGGGUUUUGAGGGGCCAAGUCCUUAUUCACUCUUUGCAAAGAGGUGUGGCUGGUUGGCCGUAUGCAAUGCUGCCCUUGCAUUCCUCCUGUCAAUGAAGAAUACGCCCCUUGCAUAUAUGACUGGGUAUUCUCAUGAGCGCUUGAACGUACUUCAUAGAUGGGUUGGCCGGACCAUCUGGUUUUAUUCUUGUUUGCACGUCUAUAUCUACACCGCCACUCUCACUAUGAGCCAUAACCUCAAAAAAUUGAGGCAAGACCAGAUGAUUUAUGGUUGGGUCGCUUUUGCGGCUUUCAACAUAAUCUAUGCGAGUUCCCUUCAGAUUAUUCGCCGUCGGUUCUACGAGGCAUUCUACCUGAUUCACGUUGUCAUGUUUGUCGUGUCUGUGGUUUUCCUCGGACUUCACAAGCCACAAAAGUUUGGGCAAGCGAUGGUUGGUGUCGGCAUUUUCUGGUGCUUUGAUAGGCUCAUUCGCACCGCACGUCUCGUCUACUACAGCUUCAACAACAAAGCUACCCUGGUACCUCUUGCAGGUUUGGCAACCAAAGUUAUCUUUGAAAAGCCUAUCAACUGCCAACCGGGCUCUCACGCUUUCAUCUCAAUUCCUAGCAUUCGGAAGCUUCAGUCGCAUCCGUUUACGAUAUCCUCGUCCGACAGGAUUGAGUUUGUCAUUCGUGCUCAGAAGGGGUUCACUCUGGACCUCCACAAGCAUGCAUUGAAGAAUCCAUACAAGCAGAUCAAAGCCUACAUCGAUGGGCCUUAUGGUGCUGUGCCCGACUUCAAGAGAAUGAACAAAGUAGUUCUUUUUGCCGGUGGCAGUGGUGGCGCGUUCUCGUUCCCUAUCGCGAUCGAUAUCAUUCGGAAUAUCGAUCGUAUCGCGGUUACACACAUGGAGUUUGUGUGGGUGAUACGUGAUGAACGUCACUUGACGUGGUACGAAGAAGAGAUCAGAGAACUCACACAGUGCCCGAUAGUCAACCUUAGCAUCUACGUCAGUUCCAAGACGGACCCCAUCGUCACAAGCCAGCCAGUCGAAGAAGCGACAGCGGUCGAGAACGAUGUCCGACGCUCCCUCUAUCUUGACCUUGACGGUGACGACACCGAGCCGGGUACCCCCGACGAGGACGCCAUCGAAACCAGCUCCGACCCGACUGCCGAAGCCCUCGAGAAGGAGCUGGGAUUCGGGAGGGACCACAUUCAAGCGCUGCAGAAGGAGCUUGGAAUCGGAACGCUGGGAACACAGGAAGAGCUGGUCCGUGACAGGCGCAUCUCCAAACGGCUGUCCCAGCGCUACUCUGCCAAUCUCGAGGCGCAGAUUGACCAGCGGCCAAUGUCGUACAUUGAGACUAUGAGCGGCAGGCCCGACCUGACGGCGCUGAUCAAGGGGAUUGUGAAGAAUGCUGAGCAACGUGACACUGUUGCUGUUGGAGCUUGUGGACCGACGGAACUUAUGCGUGUUGCGAGAAAUGCCGUUGCUGAUAGCAUCACCCUUACUGGUCCCAGUGUUACUCUUCACUGCGAGCAGUUUGGUUGGGGUUAG